AUGGACAAAGCAAGGCCGUUUGAGUAUGUUUACAGGCUGACUGCGAAUACGAUAGAGGAGUUGAGUUACGGUGAAGCUGUAUAUGAUCGACAGGUGCUCCUGAAUGAGUCUUGGCGUUCCUAUGCCACGCGGAAAGGCCGACUUGAUGAGCUAGAGAGAGAACGUGUCAAGUGGAUCACGCGAACAUGGGAAGAAGAAGAAGAAGUUAGGGUCCGACAACGCGAGGUACUUGAUAGAGCAGAAGCCGAAGGUGAGAAGGAAAUUGCCAGAAGGGAGGAAAAAUUGAGGCAAAGGAAGCAGCAGUCAAAUAAAAUGGUUGAACAUCUAAUGGCGCAUGAGGAGCGGCUGCACUCCAGUAGGAUACCUUGCCGUCAUAACCUGUUCGUUGACUUUGACGACUUUCAGCAACUGAAGUUCAAUCUAGAGAGAAAUGUUGUCUCUACAGCGGAGAAUUUUUUGAGAGUUAUUUCUUGUAUUGGUGAAGAGGGUUUGUUUGAGGGGUUGCUUAUAAUGGGAGAAUAUGACAAUCUAUAUCAUUCUAUGAGGUUGGCCGAUAGACUACGGCGGGAGGAAGAAGAGCGUCGAAGACUAGAGGAAGAGAGAUUGCGCGCAAUCGAAGAGCAGAAAAGACUUGAAGAAAUGCGCCAGAGGGAACUUGAAGAGGCUGAGCGGUUGAGAAAGGAGGCAAUGGAUCAAGCCAAACUGAUUGAGCGGAAACGACGCGAAGAGGAACGUCGUGCAAGAGCAAGGGCAACCAGGGAAAAGUCAAAACAACGAGCUUCGCAUGAGAACCAGGCGCAGGAGGUAUCCCUAGAGCAGACGGCGACCAUCACCGAUGCUCCGAGAUUAGCUGAAAAUUCUUUGAUCGACGAAGUCAAGCCUGUUGGAGAGUGCAGUGAUUCUCGAAUACCCGAAGGAGAAAACAUAACAGAUAUGAUCAGCAGUGGGUGUUCCAUGUUAACAGCAGCUGGUGACGUUUGCUGUGUUUUAAGUGUUGACAAAGAGCUGAUGAAGUCAACAUGUGUUUGCCAGAAUGGCAUUUGGGGAGAAGCGGCUCUUGAGGGUAGCGUAUCAAAUAUGUUGGGCUGGGAAGUUGGUGAUGAGACGUCGUUGAUUUUUGCGUCUGAGAAACUUUACAGGCCCUUUCCCGACUCCCUUGAUGAUUAUUGUCUUCUGUGUGUGGAAGAACUUCGUGGCAGUGAUUUCGGAAAUUUCUGUACCUCACUUGAUUCAUCUUCAUCACUCAAUGAAUCGCUGAUUAUGCUUCCCCUCCAAACCCCAGACUCUGAGGUGCCUCGCUAUGUUUUCGUCAUUUGCCGGCAAAGCGGUGAUUUGUUCGAUCGGAAAGAACUAGAGACAGCUGCCAAAAUAGUCUGGGAGCUCGGUAAGGCGAUCCCUUCCCCUCACGGAGGUAGCUGA